CAGUGGUGCAAAUGUUGUUUUAUAUGUUAGUGUUGCUACUAGCUAACCAGAUUUCAAUAUCACUAUGUCUGCCUGCAUCGUCUCAAGAUGAAUCCCAGCAAUGCUCACAGCUUCCAUCGAUUAAAAAUCCAAGAAAAUGCUGUGAUAUACCACCCGUAUUCUCGAAUGAGAAUUUCGGAUUUUGCAAUUUGACGGAUAAUUUUCAAAAAAAUACCACAAAUGGUCUACCGGACUGCACCAAGCAAUUGUGUAUUUUCAAAACUUUGAAGCUUAUUAAGGAUGAAGAUAGAAUAGACCGUGACGCCUUAAGCCACUUCAUGGAUGUAUGGGCUGAAGCUAAUCCAGAUUUUGCGUCGAUAGUACGAAUUGGAAAGCCGAGAUGUCUCGAAAAACAGAUACCUGAAACUCAUGAACAUUGUGAAAUUAAUCAAUUUGUCUCUUGCAUUGCUACUGUUGCUACUAUAGUGUGUCCAAAAUGGAUCAUAAAAGACGAGUGCACGUCAUUGAAGAAUCAUAGUGACAGAUGUGCCAAAUAUUUUCUACACUAAUAUAUAAGUAAAUUUUAAUAAAAUUGCAUUGGAUAUAUAAUAAUUGAACGACUGGACUGAUUUUGGCGGAACUUGGAAGGUAGCUGAUGUAUGCUGGCUACUUUUCUUUAAUUAGGUGUCGCCGAAGUCGCCGGCAAUCGCUAGUAUUAAGUACAUCCACAAAUUGAAACAAUAUAAAGAUUAACGCGGACUAAUAAAUUCCUGGUAAUCGUCGCGUGUGUUUGUGUAUAACCUUAAAUGAUCAAUAUAUUAAAGAUAGGAAGGAUCUGUAUUUUUAUAUGUUUGUAACUAAUA